AUGAGGAAGAAGCUAGAUACUCGUUUUCCUGCGGCUAGGAUAAAGAAAAUUAUGCAAGCUGAUGAGGAUGUAGGGAAGAUUGCAAUGGCAGUGCCUCUUUUAGUUUCUAAAGCACUAGAACUAUUUCUACAAGAUUUGUGUGAUCGAACAUAUGAGAUAACUUUGAGGAGGGGAGCAAAGACAAUGAAUGCUUUCCAUUUAAAACAGUGUGUGCAGACUUUUAAUGUCUUUGACUUUCUGAAAGAUAUUGUCAGCAAGGUUCCUGAUUUAGGUGGUUCUGUUGCAAAUGGUGAUGACCAUACUGUCAAGAGGAGGAAAGUUGCUGAAGAUGAUAGUGGUAGCCACGAGGAGCCCAAGAGAAAUAACAAGGCAGAGCCUGGACAUACCAGUGGGAGAGGAAGGGGUAGGGGAAGAGGUAGGGGUCGUGGUCGUGGAAUAAGAACUGUAGAUCAAGAGGUGAGUUCACAUGUCAAGUGUGAAGAAGAUUCCGAUGUAUUGAAGCAAAAUGAAAAACAGAGUCAAAGCAAUGAAAGCAUGGAAAAUGCGUCAUCACCUGAAGAAGUUAAGCAGACUCUUCGGAUUAGCAAGCCGGCCCAAGUGUCCAUUCGAAAUUUUGACUUAAACAUGGACCCAGAUGAGAAUAUGGAUUCGAUAGAAUCACUAACUCCUGUUCCAACUGGUUCAUCUGCAAAAUCAAUAUCAGAAGAGAAGCCUGAGGAGUACCCUGGAUGGUCCUUGUCUGAUAUGGAAAAAAUGACCAUUGAUCCCAUUCAACUAGCUAACAUAAAUGGAAGAAUUGAUGAAGAUGAAGAGGAUUACGAUGAAGAAAUGUAA